AUGCAUCCUCAUCGUCUCACUACUGUGCGCUUCUACAAAAUCUCUGAUGAUGUCCUCAUCGGCAUAUUGGAGCAUCUUGACCCGCCGUCCCUUUGGCGUGCCUGCAAGGCGUUCCGUCGCAUCUACAACAUCGUCAUGGAAUUUCAAGUUCUUCGGUACCGGUUCGAGUUGGCAGUCCUGGGAAUGAAAGACGGCGCGGUGUCUUAUGCUCGUGCACCUCCCAUCGUUCGCGCUCAGCUCCUUUUGAGUUACAAGAAAGACUGGCCAAGGCUCCAAUGGACCCACGAAUCUCAGUUAGAAAUCCCCAUGCCGGCCAUCGCAGGCGUCUCCGACAAAUUUAUCUUUCAAAUACAUAAUCACGGUGUUUUCAAUACCUUGGACCUAUCAGAGCUUCCCUCCUGCAGGACGAAUCGGCCUCCGUCCCAAACGCGUCAUCUCAAGUACACUUUACCACAAAUGGAGGGCUUGGCAGUCGAUGGGUCUCAGGGUCUUCUCGUUACAAGCCACGUUUUCACUCACAAUGGAAAAAUUUGCGUUUCAUUAUCCUUCAAGGAUAUCGGAACCAACAAGAAGCACCGUCACGCGAUUACUCCAUCUUUCGAUGUCUCGACCACAAUCGCUACGCGAGUCAUCGGCGUUAGCACCUUGAUUUGCGGUUCGAAAGUCACCGUUGGUUUGGAUUUCCACGGGGGGAAGACCCUUCGCCUACUGAUGAAUUGGCGUACUCUGGAAGCAAGGUGGCUAGAAGAUCUUGAUAUCUAUUUCGUAGAUGAAAAUCACCUCCUCGGUAUCUGCCAGGAUCGAAAGGCGGGUUCUUACAGCCUGAACUCGUACAGAAUUUACGACGUUGGGAAGAUGUCCAUCGUGAAUCAAUAUGAACUCCCCGAUGCAUGGAAAGGUUAUUCGUAUUUCGCGUUUUCGACCAACGCCUCUCCGAGGACUGACAACGAACCGUCUUCCAAUGCCCUCUUCUACGCUGCCCCUGAGGUUCGCAUGCUUUCCAUCACCGCAAAGAUCCGCCCCGAGCAUACCGCGUGCGAGUGGCUCUUCGUCCGAGAGUCGUUCGUCAAAUAUCCAUCGAGGAAGGGGUUCCUACCCUGGUCGUAUUGGAGCACCUUCUGCAUGGUGAAGGAUUUGCGAAAGUAUGGGCCUUAUAUCCGCGGACCCUUGAUUGCUGGAUCUAGGGCGUUCUUUAUCGAGGUGGAUAGAGUCAAUGGUGGAAGGAGUCGUCUUCAUGCCAUUGACUUUUCACCCUUUCCCGACUCGUAUAGCAAGUCUACCCAAUCUUGGACAUGGAUCGGCUCCCGGGCUUCAUUCACACCGGCAGAGACAUCACGUUCCAUCGCGUUUGAAGGGCUGAUCCUUCAGCAGUUCAGCGUCACGGAAGACAAUCUAAUCUUUUUCCUCGAUGAUGGGCACACAGAUACGAUGAUCGCAAAGGUUAUGACCUUUGGUGCACCACCGAUUCGCAGGGCUGUUUGA